GCAUCUAGCUGGCUGGCGGCGGUUAGCAGCGAGGCCGUGCCUAGCCGAGUGGGGCCCUGCGCUUCUGCUGCCACAUGGGCAGCAGCUGAUUGUCGCCCGGCUGCUUGGCCGCGGCCCGGGCAGGAGAGAGGCGGGUGGGGCGACCCGGCUGGCGUCCACACAUAUCCCAGUUCCCUCGCCGUCUCGGUCUCCCCUUUAUCUCCUACGCGGCCCUGGAGUCCUCGGCGGUCCUUGCCGGGAGUGACGGCGGCGGCCUCGGAGCGGGGAGGAUGUCUGGAGCGGGGAUGGGUUUUCGCCCGUAGUUGCCCGUGCCUCCCCUGCUUCCUUCCGCCUUUUCUCGCUUCCCGGGGGCGGCGCGGCCCCGUUCCUCACGGGAGGCUGUCGCUCGCCUUCCUCCGGCCCUGCGGUGCCCAUAUGGGGGGUAAGCAGAGUACGGCGGCCCGUUCGCGAGGCCCCUUCCCGGGGGUGUCGACUGAUGACAGUGCCGUGCCGCCGCCAGGAGGAGGGGGGGGGGCCUCUCCUUUCGGCCAUUAUCGGGCGGCCGGCGGUGGCGCCAUGGGGUUGCGCAGCCGCUCAGUCAGCUCUGUGGCUGGUAUGGGCAUGGAGCCCGCGGCGGCCGGCGCCGUCCCCUUCGGGCUGUACGCGGCUGCGGCAGGGGAGGCCGAGCGGGCUCCGGGCGGCGGUGGCGGCGGUCCGGUCUCCGACUCCACGUACGCCCAUGGCAACGGUUACCAGGAAACGGGAGGCGGUCACCAUAGAGACGGGAUGCUGUACCUGGGUGCCAGGGCCUCACUGGCCGACGCGCUGCCCCUCCACAUCGCACCGCGGUGGUUCAGCUCGCACAGUGGUUUCAAGUGCCCCAUUUGCUCCAAAUCAGUGGCUUCUGAUGAGAUGGAAAUGCACUUUAUUAUGUGUCUGAGCAAACCUCGCCUCUCCUACAAUGAUGACGUGCUGACCAAAGACUCUGGUGAGUGUGUGAUCUGCCUGGAGGAGCUGCUGCAGGGGGAUAUGAUAGCCAGGCUGCCCUGCCUCUGCAUCUAUCACAAAAGCUGUAUAGACUCAUGGUUUGAAGUGAACAGAUCUUGCCCGGAGCAUCCUUCCAAUUGACCUACUGGGUGUACUUGCUGAUUUCUCUCUGAGAACCAUCCAGGAGAAGACGAGUGUGAGACCAGUGGAGCGACCCACUCUCCCCUCCACAGUUGCUGGUCACCAGGAGAGCUCUUCCUGCCAGGGAGGCCCCAGGGACACCCUCAGCCAAAACCCUGCCAUGAUGUUUGGCUUUUCACCCCCCAAAAAAAGGGGGAACUGUUGGGGGAAAACAGCUGGCCAAACAGAGCAUGUGGCAUUCCUCAUCGGCAACCCCCACCUGGACCUGCCCCAUGGGAUCUGCUCGGUGGUUUUGCGCUGACUCAACAGGAAUUUUCUCCUCUUUCUUGUCUCCCCUUUGGAGAUCUCCACCCCAGGCCCAGCAGUAUGAGAUGGGGGACUCUGCCCUAUGCUGGGAACAGGGACACUACUCCCCUCUGCUGAGCCACAGGGGUCUGUAUCAAGUGUUUACAAUGAAUAACAAAAAAAAAAAAGAAAAAAACCACUAACCACAACUGAAGCUUUGUGUUGAUUGUCACGUUCUUUGAUUUGAGCUUUCCUGCCCCAGUGAUGUUUACAGACUGGUCACUCUUUAACUCAGCUAUAACCACUCAGAGUCUGGAGAGCUGCAGCAUCCCACUGCCCCUCUGCCACCCCUUUCUGGGCUCCUCUUGCCAAAACUCCUUCCUUGCCAUCUCCUUGGAGUCGAACCCUUUUGAGGAGGGGAUGGGGAAGGUCCUCGAUGGCCUCUCCCUGGCCACCCCAGGCCAUGGCAGUGGCUUUGCCAGAGGUGCCAAGACUGAGUCAGUUCCUGACAGUGAUCCCCCAGCCAGGUGCGUGGUGGGUAUGUUUUUGCUGGUGAGGCCUACCCUGCUGGUGGCUGUGCCCCUGUGGGAAACCUUUCUGUAUUUAUAUAUUAAAAACAAGGGGAA